GCGGCGCCGAGGCAGGAGAGCGAGCGGGGCCCCUGCCCAGGAGGCCGGGGUGGGAGGCCCGAGGGGGGCGCGAGGCCUGGAGCUGAGCCAAGAGCCCUCGCAGCCGCCGGGCAGGCCCUGGGAGCCCGGGGGAGGGGGCGCAGAGUGAUCCCCAAGGGACUGAGUCCUUCCGGGUCCCAAGAGUCCUGUGGCGUCCAGAUACCUUGCCCCUGCUUUCUGAGCCUCAGUGAGGACCACAGCUCCUCAAGCUGAACCCAGCGGGGAUUCGCGGUUCCCCUCUGAGCAGCGGGCGUACCCCAGACUCCUUUAUGGACGCCCAGCCACCGUCCCUUCUGGACCUCGGCCGGAGUUUCCGGCUUCUUGGAUCUCUUUUGAGCAACUAGGGAGACUCCCUUUCCCUUUUGCUGAAUUCCAGGGGACCCCCAGAAUUCCUCUGAAUCCCGCUGAUCUGCUGUGAAUGCUGGGGCUCCCUGGCUUCUCUGAGACCCAGACCUAGCUCUUCCCCUUCUGUUCCCCAGAGGGUCCCCAAGUCCUCCCUCCUCAAACUCUGAGCCCAGAGGAUCCGGGGCCACAUCUCUCAAACACACAGCAGGGCUAAGCUCCCUUUUCUGGGCACCCCAGACUCGGAGCCCUAGUGGAGACCCCAGAGGAGCGCCUCUGAGCUGGGGUGGGUGCUGGGUUCUCCUGCCACUGCACCCCCAGGCACCCCCUGGUGAGGUGAGCCUCAGGGCACCUGCCUUCUCUGGGCCUGGUUCUCUUUGCUGAGUUGGUGAGCAGCCCCGGCUCCUCCUGGGAGGCUUCCCCUCCUGGGGUCUAGGUUUCUCAACUUCCGAGCCCCGGAGGACACCUGACUCCACCAUUUGAGGUUCAGCUCUUCCUCUCUCAUAUCCAGCACCCACUGAGCCCCGGCUCCCUUCAAGGUCCCAGGCUGUGCCAGGCCCCUCCUCCCGCCCCUCAGGACCCCUCCUCAGCUCUGCCUGCUCGGACCUCCCUGAGCCCCAUCUGCAGCCAGGAUGAUGAUGUGGUCCAACUUCUUCAUGCAAGAGGAGGACCGGCGGCGGGCCGCUGCAGGCCGGCGGCGUGCCCAGGGGCAGAAGGGAGUCCUCCUGACGCCAGAGCAAGAGGGGAAGAUUAAGCUGGUGCUGCUGGUGGUCUCCAUAGGUGCCACACUGGCCGUGCUGGCCGUGGGCACAGAGUUCUGGGUGGAGCUCAACACCUACAAGGCCAACAGCAGUGCCGUGUGUGACGCCGCCCACCUGGGACUGUGGAAGGUGUGCACCAAGCGACUGUGGCUGGCGGACGUGCCCGAGGGCCGUGAGACCUGUGGCCCUGCCGAGCUGCCUGGAGAAGCAAACUGCACCUACUUUAAAUUCUUCACCACGGGGGAGAACGCCCGCAUCUUCCAGAGAACCACAAAGAAAGAGGUGAACAUAGCCGCUGCGGUGAUAGCCGUGCUGGGCCUGGUGGUCAUGGCCUUGGGCUGUCUCUGUGUCAUCAUGGUGCUCAGUAAAGGUGCCGAGUUCCUGCUCCGAGUUGGAGCUGUCUGCUUUGUCCUCUCAGGCCUGCUGCUCCUGGUCAGCCUGGAGGUGUUCCGCCACGCGGUGCGGGCGCUGCUGCAGGGGGCCGCCCCCGAGCCCGGCCUGGCCCCGCGCCUGGCCUACGAGUACUCCUGGUCCCUGGGCUGCGGCGUGGCGGCCGGCCUGGUCCUGCUGCUGGGCGGGGGCUGCUUCCUGCUGCUCUCCCUGCCUUCCUGGACCUGGGGGUUGCUGUGCCCCAAGCGAGGACCCCCGGCCACCUAGCGCCUCCUGCGUGCCUCCCAGGCCUGCGCGGCCCCUUCCUCCAGCGGCCCCGGAAGACCUGCGGGUCCCCUGGAGGACUGGCCCUCCCGGGGCCCCUGCACCUGCUCCCACCAGCACCUUGUCCUCUGGGAACACGCUCUUCUCGGUGGCCGACUUGGUGUCAUGGAGUGGGACAGGAAGAGGCUUUCUGCACCUGAGGGUUCCCUGGGGGGGGCUGGU